AUGUUCAUUUGUCCGCUUUUUCGUUUCCCGGCUUCGUUUCUGUCCAUGGAAUAUGAAAGUCAUUGGAUUCUCGGGGUGAUAUUCACCAGUCUCCUCGUGGUCUCUUCUGCGAUUGCUACAUUUGUGGUCACCUAUCAGAACGAAUACGGACCGGCUCCGAUUCCGCUACGUCGAGUUGUCUCCUUCAUUGGUUGCCUCGUGGCGUCUGUGCUUACAUUGUCCGUGGUCUAUGGAGUCUACGGUCAUCUGAGUGGCACGGCACCCAUGUCCAAUAUGACCGCUUCCAUCUAUGCGGCACUGUCGCGGAUCUCGUUCACUAUCGGGAUUGGAAUUGUGAUAUAUUUGUGUGCCACAUCAUGGACACCCGUCAUACGAUCAAUUUUAUGCUUUUCUGCAUUCCGUGUUUUGGCCCGACUGACAUUCUGUGCCUAUAUCCUGCAUCCGAUCAUCAUUCUAUUCUGGCACUACUCGCUCAAAGAAACGAUCAAUAUGGACUAUGUGUACAUGACGUUCGUGUUGUUUGCGGUGUGGUCCAUGUCCUAUUUGUUGGCCAUUUUGUUCUCCGCCGGCACGGAAAUUCCCGUAAUCAGCUUCGAAAGCUUGAACAGACGAAUUCGUAAAGCCCAGUAG